AUGCAGACGAAUGCACUAGAGCAUCCCGGUGGCCGGAGAGGUGUGCAAGAUCAGCGUUUGCUGCCACAAAAGCUACACUUCGUGAAAUCCUUAGCAAGCAGCGCAUCAGUAAUCGUUUCAAGCAUCAUCAAGUUGGUCCUUCGUGUUCAACCUAUUGUUCAAAGAAUGGCGAUAAAUCGACCAAUGUUGUGUAAUCGUGCAUUUGAUAGCAAUAAGCCUGAGGGAUGUUGUUCUGGAACUGUUGACGUAUGUUCAUUCACCCUACGCGCUAGCAAAGAACUUUUUGUGGUUAACGGAGGUCAAAACUACAAUCCGACCAGUGAGGAACUGAAGUGGAGGCGUGGAUGGGAUGACUACUGUGGUUAUGACUGUAUAGGUGGCGAUGGAUAUGCCGCACAUCUCGUCGACGACGAAAUACUGAAAGACUUCGUAGUUCUCGAAGCUUUACAAUUUCCGCACCAGCAAAUUUCAUUGUUCCACGCGUUGCCACUUUCCAAGUAUGGCGGUCGUCAUACUGUAACUGCGCUCCCAGGCGAUGGUAUCGGACCAGAGAUGAUGGAACACAUACGUACCAUAUUCCUCUAUUGUCAUGCACCAAUAAAUUUCGAAUUCGUUCAAGUCAGCUCUCAGUUGGUCGAUGGAGACAUGGAAGGUGCAAUUAUGGCUAUAGAAAGGAACGGUGUCGCCAUUAAAGGUAACAUUGAGACAAAACAUGACGAUCCAAGCUAUAAAUCGCGUAACGUAGAACUUCGCAAGCGACUCGAUCUCUACGCCAAUAUCCUUCAUUGCGUAAGCAUUCCUACAAUACCUACAAGACAUAAGGUAAAUGGUGUGAAUUGCGAUAAAAGUGAAGAUAAGCAGGAUAUCGAUAUCGUUCUGAUACGUGAGAACACCGAAGGCGAGUAUUCCGGGCUGGAGCACGAAACAUUGCCAGGAAUUAUUGAGAGCAUCAAGGUAGGCUGCUUAAUGGAACCGCUAGCGUUUUACCUUAGACUUGAGGACUAG